GUUUCGGUUCUCGCAGGUUCACAUGUGAAUGAAUCAUGGCAGCAACAACAACAUGCCGACUUCUUGCUCUGGCCGUGUCGGUCGUUUUGACGGCAUGUCAGACACAGGAUACAAACUAUGUGAUUGGAGCUGGAAUAGCAGAUAUUACAGGACCAGCAGCCGGAAUUAAUAUGAUGGGAUAUGCAAACCCUGCACAGGUAUCUAAUGGAAUACAUUUGAGGCAGUACUCCAGAGCAUUCAUUGUGGCUGAAAAGAGCACUAGUGUCCCUAUUGUGUUUGUUAGCACAGAUUCAUGCAUGCAAUCACAGGACAUUAAGCUGGAGGUAAUUUUAUUUAUACCAAGUCUCAGAAAUUGUCACAUGGCUGAAGUUGGGAAUUUUUGUGUGGUGCAAGUGGAAAAUAAAUUGAUAAAGUUUAACUUGUAUAAUACAAAGAACCAAAAUCAUCUUUGGAUUUGUUUUGCUCUCAAGCAUCUGUUGUAGAGUGUAGAAAGAGCUCACAUGUCCAGGAAAGCUGGCAAUAUUUUUAUAAACAGUGGAGAACUGUUGGACAGUAACAUCAACAGAAGUCCGGUCGCUUAUAUGAGAAACCCACCGCAAGAGAAAGCAAGAUACAAGUACAAUGUCGACAAGAACAUGACAGUACUCAAGAUGUUGGAUGCUGAAGGCAAGGACAUAGGAAUGAUCAGCUGGUUUGCAGUGCAUUGCACAAGUAUGAACAACACUAAUGGAUUGGUGAGCAGUGAUAACAAGGGGUAUGCUUCUCAGCUGAUGGAAAAAACCUUCAACAAGGACUUUCCUGGCAGUGGUACAUUUGUAGCUGCCUUUGCACAAGCCAAUGAAGGAGACGUGUCCCCAAACACUGCUGGACCAAAAUGUCUCGACACAGGGAAUCCCUGUGAUAAUGCCACAAGUACCUGUAAUGGCAGAAAUGAACAAUGUGUAGCAUUUGGACCAGGGAAGAACAUGUUUGAAAGUACAAAAAUUAUAGGGAAUAACCAAUACACGAAAGCUAUGGAGCUGUACCAUGCAGCCACCAUCAAGUUAUCAGGACCAGUAGACUUCAGGCACUCCUAUGUAGAUAUGACAAAUGUUGAAGUACAACUCAACUCAACAACCAAGGUAAAGACGUGUAAAACCGCCAUGGGAUACAGUUUUGCAGCAGGAACAACAGAUGGACCAGGAGCAUUUAAUUUCAACCAAAGUUCCACAAGUGGAAAUGCUUUCUGGAAUGCUAUUGUGAAUUUCAUCAAAGCACCUUCCCAGGAGCAAGUUCGCUGUCACCAUCCAAAACCAAUCUUACUGGAUACAGGGGAGAUCAGCUUCCCUUAUGCCUGGCAGCCAUCUAUAGUGGAUGUUCAGAUUCUGAGGAUUGGACAGCUAGCUAUACUGGCUGUUCCAGCUGAAUUCACAACCAUGUCUGGUAGGAGGACAAGAGAUGCAGUUACGGCAGCACUUAUACAGGGAGGGUUUCCUGCCAACACAGUAUCAGUAAUAGCUGGUCUGUCUAAUGAUUAUGCUGAUUAUGUUACAACCUAUGAAGAGUACCAGCAACAACGAUAUGAAGGAGGAUCAACUAUAUAUGGACCACACACACUGAAGGCCUUCAUACAGGAGCUUGUGACACUGGCCACAGCUAUGUCAAAGGGAGAGCCUGCAUCCCCUGGACCAAACCCUCCCAAUCUGGUCAGCCAAGAGUGGGGAUUUGUGACUCCAGUUGUAUAUGAUGGAGCACCAAGCGGAUUUGGAACUCUCCUGCAUGAUAUUCUUCCUUCCUAUAAACAGGGAACAAGAGUUCAAGCUACAUUUGCUGCAGCACAUCCUCGGAAUAACAGACGGGCUGGAGACACAUUCCUUACAGUAGAACAUCAAAACACGGCUAAUGAAUGGCAGGUGGUUUACAAGGACAGUCAAUGGUGCACCCAAUUCCACUGGAAACGGACUAGCACACUACUUGGUGAGAGUGAGGCCACCAUUGUAUGGGACAUCCCAGCUGAUCAGGCUCCUGGGGUCUAUAGAAUACAAUACUUUGGAGAUUCCAAAAGUGUCUUCGGGAAUAUUUCCCCUUUCUCUGGAAAAACCCCAAACUUCCAGGUUACAGCUUGAUACUAUGAUCUUUCUUCACAAUGAACAGUUCAGAUACCAUGUCAUGUAAUUGUUUCCAACAUGUAUAGUGAUAUUUGUAAGUAUUUGGUGUAUUUAUGAUUAUGUUUUGAAUAUUUAAUUAAUUUGAUUAAAAUAAUGUGAUAAGAGAAUAAGUUCCUCUGAUUUGGACUGUGAUAUCGAGGACAAUGACCAUGGUUAGUUAGCAUAAGAUGAUCAGCAGUAAUGAUGGACAGUUACUUAUAUACAAACAGUGCUAUUUGUUGGAUCCCAGAGGAAAUAUAAUACACAAGUAUGAUAUCGGCUUUCUCAUAAAACAACUUUGGGGUGAUAACUAGAUUAUAUAUGUUAACUUUGAGUGUGAUAACUGUCUCUCUCCUACAUUGUAUGUUACAUGUAACUUUGGGGUGAUAACAGUCUCUCUCCUGCAUUGUAUGUUAACUUUGGGGUGAUAACAGUCUCUCUCCUACAUUGUAUGUUACAUGUAACUUUGGGGUGAUAA